GCUUUGGCACUCUGGUGAAAUCUGUGUACCUUUUCUGAGAAAAUCUAUUUAAACUGAAGAUCCAAUGAAACUGGGCCUUCUUACUGUUCCUCAAACAACAGGUAAUAUUUAUAUAGCUGAAGUGCUUUAUAAGUAUUGAUUCAAUUGAUUACACGACAGUCUACCUCCCUACAUUUUCAGCGAUUUGUUCAUACUUUGAAUUGUUUCCCUCUGCAUCCCAACUCCUAGCUUCCUGACUUCUUUCAGAUCCAGCUAAAAUUACACCUUCUCCAAGAAGUUUUUUUUUUUUUUUUUUUUUAUUAUUCUUCCUUAAUGUUAGUGCUUUCCUUAUGGGGUUGCAGCAAAUUUAUCAGGUAUAGAGCUUGUUUGAACGUAAUUGAGCUCCUUGGGAUAAUGACUAUCUUUUGCCUUUCUCCUUAUUCCCAGUGCUUUGCAUUUCAUUUUACCUGGUACAUAGCAAGCACUUAAUGCUAAUAUUGUUGCCGGAAUGUCUGAUUGGAGACUAAUUUAUAAAAGGGACAUUAAUUUACACCUUCCCCCACUGACUUAACACUUCUGGCAUGCUUCCUACACUCAUUUCCACUCGCUCAGGAACAAAUGCCCUUUAUUACUAGGAUCUUCUUAAAGGGGAGCUCGAGAAUGUAGCUGAACUGUCCAGGGGCUCCCAGCCUUCUCGGGGGAGCCCGGGACUAGGAUCUCCGAGUGUGGCAGGCGGGGCAGCACUGGGGUGGAGACAAGGGGCAAGGUCAAGGCUACUUGAGAGAGGUGGCAGCCAAAGUCAAAUACUGCGUACAGAGCCCCGGGAGUCGUCGCUUGGGCCGGGGAAAGAGCGAGAACCCGCCGGGCUCGAGUCUUGUCAAGUGGGGCGUUUGUGACGGCGAGGAAGCGAAGGGAGGACGCGCGGCGCUCGGCCUUGCGGUCACUGAAGGCAGGAAACUCACGCCUGCCGGCCACUGGGGUACUCCCUUCCGCCCCGCCGCUCCGGCCCGGGAAGCCAGUAGGGCCCUCUACAACCCGCAAGGGCCGUACUUCGGCGAAGAAGCGCCUCCCUUCGGGCUUCGGGGCCAGGACAUCGAUCCCAAGCUCGCGAAUUGCCCCCAGGAGUGGUGAUGGGCCCAAGGGAGCCCUCGAGCUCGGCGGGGGGUGGGAGUGGGUCAGCGGCCGUUGGAUGUGUUUGCAACCAAUUGGGAUUCCGAGAGCCGCGCGCGCCGCGGAUAAAUAGAAGAAGAAAGCUGGGAAGGAGCAAAGCAUUGUUUACAAAUGUCUUAAUAAUGAGCAAAUGUGGCAGGAAAAAAUAUAUUAAGACAAGUAUAAGACAAAUGACCAUGGAAACAGUUGAAUCUCAGCAGGAUGGAAGUGUAACAGAUUCUGUAACAGACAAUGAUUCUGCUCAUGUACAGACUCAGACUGGUCAAAAUUCUAUUCCAACCCUAGCUCAGGUUUCUGUAGCUGGAUCAGGCACCGGAAGAGGCUCUCCAGCUGUAACUCUAGUGCAAUUACCUUCAGGUCAAACUGUACAUGUACAGGGAGUGAUUCAGACACCACAGCCAUCGGUUAUCCAGUCACCACAAAUACAAACUGUUCAGGUAGCAACAAUUGCAGAGACAGAUGAGUCUGCAGAAGCAGAAGGUGUAAUUGAUUCUCAUAAACGUAGAGAAAUCCUUUCAAGAAGACCUUCAUAUCGAAAAAUACUGAAUGAACUUUCAUCUGAUGUGCCUGGUGUUCCCAAGAUUGAAGAAGAAAAAUCCGAGGAAGAAGGAACACCACCUAACAUCGCUACCAUGGCAGUGCCAACUAGCAUAUAUCAGACUAGCACGGGGCAAUACAUUGCUAUAGCCCAAGGUGGAACAAUCCAGAUUUCUAAUCCAGGAUCUGAUGGUGUUCAGGGACUACAGACAUUAACAAUGACAAAUUCAGGAGCUCCUCCACCAGGUGCUACAAUUGUACAGUAUGCAGCACAAUCAGCUGAUGGCACACAGCAGUUCUUUGUACCAGGCAGCCAGGUUGUUGUCCAAGCAGCCACUGGUGACAUGCCAACUUACCAGAUCCGAACUCCUACUACUGCUUUGCCACAGGGAGUCGUAAUGGCAGCCUCUCCAGGAAGUUUGCAUAGUCCACAGCAACUAGCAGAAGAGGCAACCCGCAAACGAGAAUUAAGACUUAUGAAAAAUAGGGAAGCUGCUCGGGAGUGUCGCAGGAAGAAGAAGGAGUAUGUCAAAUGUCUUGAAAAUCGUGUGGCUGUUCUUGAAAACCAAAACAAGACUCUCAUUGAGGAACUCAAGGCCCUCAAAGAUCUUUAUUGCCAUAAAGCAGAGUAACUGUCUUUGACUUGGACCUUGUUUACUGUGAACUCUAAUCAAGGCAUGAGAUGCAGCAAUUCUACAAAUUGCCAGGUGGACUUGUGGAAGGGACACUUGUGACCCUUGGGAAUCCAGUUUGGCUUAGUAUUUGAAACUGAAUUGGGAGUGUUGUUCCAAAAUUUGGAAUGCAACCAUGAUCACACAGUUAUACCAAGCUUUCUUCAAUCUGUUUGCCAAUAGCAUGCAAAUGGUUUUUUGUUUGCCCUUUUUGCUUCUGCUUUUUGCAGGGAAGCUGCUAAAGAAUGUCGACGUCGAAAGAAAGAAUAUGUAAAAUGUCUGGAGAGUCGUGUUGCAGUGCUGGAAGUUCAGAACAAG